AUGUCGAAUAAUGGUCCUAAUCAUGAUGAAUUAUUCCAUGAAUCAGUGUUUGGUAAAUCAUCAUACUUUCAUCAUCCUUCUGAACGAUCAGUUUCUCCAAGAAAUUUAACCGAAAAUCAAGUGAAUUAUUCUCAAGAGAGACCAUUACCAACAACUAUACAACAUAGUAAUAGUAGUGAAAAUGCUUAUGAUGAAUCCAAUGCGCCCACUUAUAAUACACUAGAAGAACAGAUUGAUUUAAGAUUAGCUUCAUCAAAUAAUCCAACAAUAAUUAUGGAACUAGAUUUAGAUGGGAAAAUAAGAUAUUUAAGUAAAAAUUGGGAAUAUAUUAUUGGUACUAAUGUAAAUAAGAUUAUAAAUCGUUCAAUUUCAAAGAUCAUUAUUGGUAACAAUGAAGAAGAUUAUAAGAUUUUCAAUUACGCAAUUGAAUCAAUGAUCAAAGAUGAUAUAAGUUAUAAAGUGAAAUUUAUUACAUUAACUAAUCAUAUUCAACAUGAUAAAAAUGGAAAUGAGGUUUUGAAUAAUUUAAAUGAUAUUUUGGGAGAUCAUACAAUUGAUGAAAAUGGCUCUCAAACACCUAAUAAUUCAACUGAUGAGGUUAAUAAUUUGAAUUUACCCGUGGAAGAUUAUAUACCACCCGAAGAUGAGCAACUGAUGGAUUCUGAAAUUAAUCUAAGUCCAAUCUCAUCAAGUUUGUCAAAUGAUGGAGAAAUAAUAGAGUUGGAAGCUCAAGGUAUUAUAAUACACGAUGCAAAAACUAAAUUACCUAGUCAUUCAAUGUGGACAAUACGACCUUUUAUUCAUUUGGAUUUAGAUUUAACAUUACCAAAUAAUUUAAUUGAUCUACUAGGUUUUGGCUCCGAGAUUUUUGAAGGUUAUUUAAUGAGUUUAAAAGAUUUAGGUAUAACUGAUGAAGAAAAUGUACCAGAACCAAAAAGUAUAUUAUGUAGAAUAUGUGAAACUAACAUACCUGCAUGGUUUAUUGAAAAGCACUCGGAUUUAUGUAUAUUAGAACAUAGAGCUAAUGAAAAUUUACAAAAUUGUCAUGAUGAAUUAAAUGACCAAAAGGAAUUAAUAAUAAAAAUUACAGAAAGUUUAGCUUUACAAUCUCAAAGUCCACAACUGCUACUGGAGGUUUCGUCAAAUUCUAUUUCACCAACUUCACUGCAUCUGUCGGUCACAUCAAGUGGUUCAUCUGACAGCGAGAUAUCAACUUUAAUUUAUGACUAUAAGGGACUUCCUUUACCUAAUGUUUCUAUAGAAUCAUCUAAUUCCUUAGCAAAUAAAAUCUUAACCAAGAAUUUCAGAAAGAAAACAGCAAAUACCUUAAUUCAAUCUAAAAAAUUCCCAUUUGGAUUAUUACUGAAAAUUAUUGAAUUGUGUGAUGAAGCAUUAGUCAUAAAUCCUCCAAUUUACAAUGAAGAUCAUAUAAUGGCAUUUUCUCCCAAUUCAGAAAAAUCUUUAAACACUAUAAUCAAUCCAACUAAUUUUGAAACUUCAGAUUUAUCAAUAAAACAGAUUAUUCAUGAUACAAAAGAUUUAAUUGAUGAAAAAUUAGAAGCUUUAUCAAGACUAGUUUCGAUAUUGCAAUAUCUGGACAAGAUAAAGAAAGAAGUAGAUGUCGAAGUUUUGAAAACAGUUAGAGAUACCGUUGAAAAAAUUAGAAAUCAAACUGAGUUUAGUAGAAGUUGUACACCAGAACCGGAAUAUAAUAAAACAGCUCCAUCAAAAGUAAUUUCAUCACCAAAACCUCAAAAUGUUGUGACACCAAAAGACUUAUUAACAAAAGGAGUAUCUUUAACUUCCCUGACCUCAUCAUUAUCAAUUUAUCAACCACAACCUUAUUCAAAGCAACCUGAAAUUAAUGAUAUUGAUUUAUCUAAAAGGUCCUCAGAUAAUUCACCAAGAUUUCAUUCACCAAUACGACAUUUAUCACCAGCUCCUUAUAUUGAAAAUCAAAACUUAACAACACUUCAAAAAAAUAAAACACCAGCAUCAUCACCUUUAAUAACUACUGAUAAUUCAGAUAAAAAAAUCUCAAACUUUUCAUUAAAUUCAUCAAAUUCAAUACCUCAAUCAAGUAGUCAAAAAAGUUCUCGGCCCCCAUUGUCUCCAUUACUAGUUUCUACUCAACAACCAAUUAAUAAGUCAUCAGGUAUAAAAGAUUAUGAAGUGAUUAAACCUAUUAGUAAAGGUGCUUUUGGAUCAGUGUUUUUAGCUAAGAGAAAAUUAACUGGUGAUUAUGUUGCUAUUAAAUGUUUAAGAAAACGAGACAUGAUUGCAAAAAAUCAAGUUUUAAACGUUAAAUCAGAACGAGCAGUUAUGAUGAGACAAAGUGAUUCACCUUAUGUUGCACAAUUAUAUAGUAGUUUCCAAUCUAAAAACUAUUUAUAUUUGGUUAUGGAGUAUUUAAAUGGUGGAGAUUGUGGUAAUUUAAUUAAAACUUUAGGAGUCAUUGGUUUAGAUUGGUCAAGCAAAUAUAUUGCUGAAAUUAUUGUAGGAGUUGAUGAUUUGCAUAAAAGAGGUAUAAUUCAUAGAGAUUUGAAACCAGAUAAUAUAUUAAUUGAUAAAAAUGGUCAUUUGAAACUAACUGAUUUUGGUUUAUCAAGAUUAGGUGUUGUUGGAAGACAAACAACACAUAGAAAAAGUAGCACCAAUGAACAAAGUAUAGAGUUAUUCAGAUCAAGUUUAGAUUCUUCAGUCACUCCAUUUGCUUUAUCACCUGGUGUUGAAACAAAACCACAAUCGGCAUCAUCACCGACAUUGGCAUUUUUGGAAAGUUUUAAUAAUCCUUCUAAUAAUAAGUCUACAAGUAGAUCAAAUUCAACAGAUUCGCCAAUUUUAAAACCAAUUAUUCCAAGAACUGCUUCUGAAUCGUCAUUUGCCAUUAUAGAUGAAGAUCAUCAUCAACAACAACCUGUUAAUUAUGCUUUAUAUAAUCCAGAAAGUACUGAAAGUAAAAAAUUUGUUGGAACACCAGACUAUUUAGCACCAGAAACUAUUGAAGGGGUAGGUCAAAGUGAAGCAUCAGAUUGGUGGAGUAUUGGAUGUAUAUUAUUUGAAUUUUUAUACGGAUAUCCACCAUUUCAUUCAGAUACACCUGAAAAAGUUUUCAAUAAUAUUUUAAAUUGUAAUAUAGAUUGGCCAAAUUUAUCACCAGAAGAAGAUUUAAAUUAUUGUACACCAGAAGCAAAAGAUUUAAUUGAACGUUUAUUAACAUUAAAUCCCGAACAAAGAUUGGGUUCAAAUGGAGCUGAUGAAAUUAAACAACAUCCAUAUUUCAAAAAUAUUAAUUGGGAUACAUUAUUUGAUGAACCUGGAUCAUUUAUACCAAAUUCAGAAGAUCCAGAGCUGACUGAUUAUUUUGAUCAAAGAGGAGCAGCGAUUAAUCAAUUUCCGAAAGAAGACAAUUCCAGUAGUGACGAAGAAAAAAGUAAAAACACGGAUAAAAGUCAACCAGUCAGGAGGGAAAGAAAAAAUAGUAAAGAUCCUAGUGAAUUUGGUUCAUUUCAUUUUAGAAAUUUGUCGGUUUUAGAAAAGCAAAAUAAGGAUGUCAUUAACCGAUUGAAAAAUGAACAUUUGGAACAUAGAAAUAGUUUCUCAUCAUCAUCAUCUGAAUCUACACCAAUAUUGCGACUGAGAGGUUUAUCAUUUGGUAAUAAUAAUAAUAAUAGUAGUCCAUUUAAAAGACCAAUUUCACCUCCAAAUCAUACUCAAACUUUAGGAUCACCAGCAAGUACUUUAAAUUUAAACACAUCAAUUAGAUCAUCGUCUCCUCAUAGAGUUUUUGAAUCUCCUAUUACUAAUAAUAAACAUGAAAGAAUCCCAAGUAUAGUUAGUACUUAUUCAUCAGGUGAUGAAUUCAGUUUAAAUGAUAAUAAUCAUCAAAGAACAAAUUCUUCACCAUAUAUAUUAUCCAAUUUUAGUAAAUUCAAAGAUGCUUCAUCACCUUAUUCAUCUGAUUCAGAAGAAAGUCGAAGUAAUAAUGCAUUAUUGAGAAUACAAAGAAGAAGAGAAAGUAGUAGAAUGUCAGAUUCUAAAAAUUCAUCAACUUCAAUUAAUAAUGAAAUAGAUGUUUUAUAUUGUGAACCUAUUCCAAUGGUUAGACAUCAAGUUGUUAAAUUAUUAGAGAAGUAUAAUUGUAUAGUUGUUUCAAUUACUGAUGGUGAAGAAUUAAUUAAAAGAGCAACAUCACAAGUCAAAUUUGAUUUAAUAUUAACUGCUUUGAAAAUCUCAAAAGUUGAAGCUAUUGACGCUGUUAAAUUAAUAAAAUUCACAACUGGUAAAAAUUCAACAACUCCAAUAGUUGCAGUAACAGGAUAUCCAGAAGAAGCGAAACAAAGUAAUUGUUUUGAUUUUAUUAUUGAAAAACCAGUCACAACUGAUCAAAUAAAGAAAUGUAUGCAUAAGUUUUCAGAUGAAGCUAUAAUUGAUUAA